AUGGAUCAGAUCUUGAACAAGGUUGGAUCGUAUUGGUUAGGUAAGAAGGCGAACAAGCAGCUCGAUUCCGUCGGUGACGAUAUCAACUCUCUGUCUACAACCAUCGAAGGAGGAACAAAAUGGUUGGUGAACAAAAUCAAAGGGAAAAUGCAGAAGCCAUUGCCCGAGUUACUAAAGGAGUUUAAUUUGCCUGUUGGGAUCUUUCCACGCGAUGCAACCAACUACGAGUUCAAUGAACAGACGAGGAAGCUAACCGUCUUUAUUCCAUCAAUCUGCGAAGUUGGCUACAAAGAUUCAUCAGUCUUGAGAUUCACCACAACAGUUACCGGAUUCCUUGAGAAAGGAAAGCUAGCCGAUGUUGAAGGGAUGAAAACAAAAGUAAUGAUAUGGGUUAAAGUCACAAGUAUCUCUGCAGAUCCAUCAAAGGUUCAUUUCAUGGCAGGGAUGAAGAAAAGCAGAAGCCGUGAUGCUUAUGAGGUUCUAAGAGACGGCGUUGAGAUUGGUAAAUUCUAG